ACGUUCGUCGUUGGGAUCUUAUAACAUCCGCGGAUAAUAUUUGCCCGGUGAAUUUUGUUCGCCGGCACGUUCCAGGAUCUGUGAAAUUUCUAGAUGGAGAAAUCGCGCGUUUUUCGUACCUUCGCAUCCGUUCACGUGUAUUUGGGAAUAAUUAUUGCGAAACGGAAAACAUCUAACAGCUUGGUCGAACAAUAAACAGGAAGGAGAAUCGUUUCCGAUGUACUGUACUCGUAUAUUAAAGUGUGCGCGAUCGUUCUGGCUAACAGUAUUAUCGUAAUCUCGAGUCGAAGAUACAGUUUGUUCAUCAUGCAGUCGGGAAAACCGGGAAUAUUGAUCUGGCUGGUUAUCGGAGUUUGUCUUAGACGUUGUCGCAGCCUUGUCUUCGACGGACCGAAAAUCGUGACGUACGGCGAACCGUGUGUCGGUCCGAGUCGGCAACUACCAAUCAGGAUCGAGGGGCCGAAACCACCCGUGGAAGAGCAGAAGGUUCCAUUGUCCUUGAACUUAAAAAUCGUUUCGGACAUGUGCGCAAUGCCCCGUUCGCUUCGCCCCGAAUACCCAAUCGUCAUACAAGCGCCUUGCCCAACGACUACAACAGAAUGGUCAAGGAGAGAGGAGAUGCUGAACAAAGACACCCUGCGAGGAAAAACAUACGCGUACAAUACUUAUCUUCCGCCUGUCGGCGAUACUGUCCCGUUCGCCCCGUUGAAAAAGUAUAACUUCUUAAUUAUGGUUCCAGUUCCCGUCAAAGAAAACACAUCCAGUCCACCUACGGCCAAACACGUUCAACGAUUGAAAGGACUCACCACACGAAUCGAUAGAAUACUUGUUCCUGCUUGCCAAGUUCCGCAGUCGCGCGGAUGUUAACCCUUUACGGUCAUAUAUCGACGUUAUUACAUUAGGUCUGAAUACAGAGAAUUCUCCCGAAUUUUCCUCCAGCUUGAAAAUAAAAAUGGACAAUUUGGCAAGAGCAGAUACGAUUAUUCGAGCC